CUUCACGUCAAACGUCUCAAUCACUUAUUUUGCCCAGAAUUUAUGAAGCAUCAGCUAUGGGUACUGUAGAUGAAGCCCAAAUUGACCAUCGCCGCAGGUUUUUCUCGGAACCACACGUGUAUUCAACGAUGACUAAGGCGCACCCGAAAAAUAGCCGUAAUGAUCGAUCGCAGCCAGAAUGGUCCGAAUUCUCAAAAGAUCAAGCAGAAAUCAGAGUACUUCGUUAUCAUCAUCGUCAAGAUAGUGAUAUUCUUCCGGUCCCUCAAAACUCGCCGGAUAAAUUUGACGACGAAUUCAAAGAAAAUGGCAUGAAAUAUCGUCAUCAAUUGAAUAGUGCUUCGGAUAAAUCUUCUUCCAAGCGAACCUCGAGGGAACAAUCAUUUGAUUUCGUCCGCGAAGAUGUGUCUUCCUCGUAUUCAAGCGAAACAACUUUUGGUGAAUCUCCGAGCAAUUUUAUGUCUCGCUUGCAAUCUGCAUCCUGGUGCGAAUGCUCCAACGUUGACUUGAGUCGGUUACGCUGUUCGGAAUGCUUAAAGAUAGGUGGCCACCAGCGGUGGUGUGUGUCGAAAUUGGGUAUAUGUUCUCAGUGUGGAAAGGCUGUGAAGAGUACCAUGAGUAUUAUAGGUGAAAGGCGUUUAAGCCGUUCACCAUCUUUCACACUGAGAAAGGGGAGUCGAGGAAACUCUUCAACUGUUACCGCAAAUUACGAGAGAAAUGCUCUUUCCUCACUUAAACCCCAGAGUUCAGAGUUGAAAGUUCGCUUCUCCGACACUGAUGACGUAAGAUCUAUAUCUCCAAUGGACGUCAUGGCAAUUAAUGAUCAAUUCGUGGAUGAAGUCAACGACGAAGUGACGAUCUCGGAGGCGGAAACCAAAGUAGUAGAAAAGUUUAUCGAUGUACCAUUAGGAAAUAAGCCCAAAAAAGUAUUUAAAAAGUCUUUGUUCGAUGCCAAUAUCCAUAAAGCUGCCUAUGAAUUAGCACUUUCUGACUCACGAGUAAUGAAAUACAAAAAGGAUAAAAAUUUGUCUCGAAGCUUGAAUAAUUCAGUGUCGGGAUCAUUGUUUUCGUACUUUCCAAAAUUGCGGUAUCCAGCAUCUAGGUCUGUUGCUGCAGACACGAUUGGGCUGCGAGAUCCAGAUGAAAACAAACGCAGCAAAGUUAAGGUUCAAAAGGCAAUGAAACACAUAUUUAGUAAAGUUAAAGUUGACGAUUAUUAUCCUAAAAUGAAAGACAGUAAGACAAAAAAGUUAAAAUAGCGUAUGUACGUAUUUUGUGAAAUAUUGGGUGUGCUUAUUUACAUGCGGGUAACUUAAAAUUUAACAAAACGGGUACAGCAUAUUAAUCUCUUUUUUAAUGCCAUACUACAAAUCUUGUGCUUGAGAGUACAUUUUACCUUAGUGACGGGUUGUUGCAAACAAAUAUCUCCUUUUUUACCUAAAAUAUGUCGCCAAUGUAUGUAUGUAUGUAGAUUUUUGUUUCAAUAAACCUCUGAGAGGUAAUUUAUAUUAUACAAACGAUGUGUUUAU